CCCCGCAGGUGGUGUCGCGGCUGCGACCGGGGGCGCUGCUCGUGAGGCGAGGAGGAGGCGCCCGCGCGUUUGUCCUCAAACAGGUGGAGUGCGUGGACGAACACCAAGCCAACCAGGCCCUGGAGGAGGCAAGGGACCUGCUGAAACUUCAGCAUUCAAACAUCUGUGCUUACAAAGAAUUAUUUAUCUCAUGGGAUAAUAAGAUUUCAUCUUUGUUUCUUUGUCUGGUGAUGCAAUACUCGGACCACGGAGACCUUUCAUCUCUCAUCAGAGCAAACAGGCAGAAGUUAAAGAAAAUGGAACAUAUGGUGAUCUUGAAGUUCCUGGGACAGAUGGUGGAUGCUUUGCUUUAUAUACACAAACAAAAUAUUUUUCAUAGAAACCUCAAACCUUCUAACAUCCUUUUAACUGGUGAAGCGUCCUUCAUGCUUUGUGAUUUCAGUGUAGAAACACUUAUGAUUGAUGAAGUGAAAUGGAAGAUAAGAGUAGAAGAAGCAGAUCCUGACAGUAAAUCCUGGAUGGCCCCAGAAGCACUCUGUUUCUCCUUUAGUGAGAAGUCUGACAUCUGGUCUCUAGGUUCUAUUCUACUUGACAUGAUGACCUGCUUCUUUUUGAAAGCAGAAGAGAUAAUGUCAUUACUGAAGGAGAUUAGACAGGACACCAGCAGUCUUGGGAAGGUUCUGACGUUAAUGCAGAACAAGGAUAAAAGUUCUUUGCGUUUGUGCCCUGUUCUACUUAUGAUGCUGCAGAUUCAGCCCAGUAUGAGACCCACAGCAAAGGAUCUGAUCGAUAAUCCGUAUAUUGUGGAAUGUCUGACUCUUGCUGGUUCACCUUUAUUGAAGCAGGAAAAACAUUUGCCUCCAGAAAUAGUAGAUGUGCUCAUUGAAGGAGGAAUUGAAAGUGCUCUAAAAUUUAUGCAGACUUACUGCGACAUAGAGGAGGCUCAAGCAAAAGCAAUAAAGCACAUCACCAACUUACUAGAAAAUGAAAGUGCCUUAGGAUAUCUGCUCAGACUUACAAGACCUGUCACUUCUGCAAUGAGGACUCACAUAGAUUCUCUUGAACUACAAUUAGAUGGCUGCAGAUUAUUGUUUGAUGUUGUUGGCCAAGCACUAGAACAGAACCUGGAUGUGGAGGUGGUAAUUGAUGAGGAUGUAAUCAACUCUCUGUUAAAGACAAUGAGAACAUAUUCAGAAAAUGAAGAGCUGCUCUCCUUGGUCUGCACAUUAUUGAUGAUGAUUUCGAUCAGUGAAAUCGCUGCAGAAAAACUGAGGAAAGCUGGAGUCAUCUCGGAUGUCCUGACUAUUACAAGCAAUUUUCUUCAUAAUGAAAAAAUCUGUGCCUCUUGCUCCGGAGUUCUCUGGAGCUUGGCUUCAAAUGAGACUAAUGUAGAGCGAACAUUGCUGAAAAAUGCUGCCCAAAUAAUCUCUGCAGUCCUCCAAGUGCACCAUCAGAAUGGGGAGGUGGUUGAGUCAGCUUGCUCUGCCCUCUGGGUACUGUCACUUCAUGGUUGCUUAACUGAAAAUGAAUAUGAACCGACAACUGCGCUUGUGCUGGAUGCUCUCAGGAUGAACCUGGAACGCCCUGUGCUGGUGAAGAAUGCCUGUCUGGCAUUAGCAAGUCUUCUAAGGAUGUCUGAGUUAUCUGCUUUCAGAUUUGUAAUAACAGAUUCAAAGGGUAGUGGAAUAAGCCUGAUCAAAGACUCCUACCACUUUCACUAUGAUGAUCCAGAAGUGGUGGAAAAUAUAUGCCUGCUGAUAAAUGAGAUGGUUCAGUAUGAUCACAUAGUGCCGGAGAUGAUCUCCCAGAACAUGGAAGAAAUGCUGACUGAAAUGAAAAUGAAGUAUACAUCCAGUAUGGAGAUAAUUACUCUUGCAGAUACAACACUUUUGAAGUUACAGAAGGUAAAAGCUGGUCUAUAAGAAGUCUGCACAUCUUGUUUCUAUUCAGGUAGAAAUGGUCAUUCCUUUCACAUGCAUUUCAACACAUUUUUCUCCCCAAAGAGAGAUACGGCCUGUAUUAUACAGCUAUCAAACAAUCUUCCUUGAAAUAUUCUCUCCAGUUGGCCACCAAAUUGACUACCAGUUACCACAAUCUGGACAAUGAUAGGAUUUUGAUGACCUGCUUUACUUUGUGGAUUUAAAAUUCCUUAUGUUUAAAAUAUGAAUAAAAAUGAAAGUAAUGAACUAAGGCCUAAACCUCAUGUAAUUAGUAAUCUAUAGCAUCUGAAGUAUAAUGGCUUCUCUGUAAGGUUAGUAGUGACUAACCAGUUCACAGAGGAUUCACCAUAAUGGAUUGUCAUAGCUAUUCAUUUACUGUGUACAUGUUCUGACACUCGAUAUGAAUGAAAUAACUGAUCCUUGGGAAAACAUACAGCACUUCACUCCUUUCUUCCUCCUGUAAUUACUAUGUUUACUUACUGAACACUGUCAAGUUAGUUUUCUAGCCUGUCUUCACAGGUGAUAGAAACUUUUAAAGCACAUCAGGCAUUUGCACACUGGCCACAAAUUUUAUGAUACUGAGGGAAGUUACACUAAAGAUGUUCAUCUUUUGAGUUUCAUUCACCUUAGGACUGAACAAGUAUAGGAACCAUACAACAGGCUGCUUAGAUUCUGCUUGUCAAGGUGGCACAAGAAAGAGUGGGAUUGGGGGUGUAGUAGUUGGUGUUGCUCCUAAUUACUUAAAAGCCAAAAGUAAAUGUCAUUCUCCUUGGAAAUCUAAAU